AUGUCGCUUGUUGGUUUCUCUUCCUCUCUCUCAGACUUCGUCGAAGUCUGUCUUUGUUUGUUUCUUUUUUCUGUAGUGGAUCUUCGUGGAAAGAGAGAUGAUCGUUUAGAAGACCUUUCUCCAGACUCCUUGGAUGACUUGAACGCAGGCUCGAACCCUUUUUCUGAUUUUUAUUACAAACAGUACUACUCCAGCGCAGGUGCUAAUUUUCUUCCUAUUUACAGUGAUUUUGAGAGCCAACUCUGUGUUCCACAAGACUCUUUGGACGACAUAGACAUGUUCCCAUCUUUUACAAAUGAUUCUAUAUCCAGCCAGGAUUUGUGUUCGGUUUUAGAGAGUCGAGAAGUCCUCUCGUUUGAUGACAUCAAUAUUGCAGUGACCCCGGAGCAAGAAUCGGAGGAAAUAAAGCGGAUGCCUUUUCAAACUUGCGAUCGUUUUAGUAAUGAAAACCAUGGCAGUAACGAACAGACUGACUUUAUAGACUUUAGUGGCGCCGGUAAAAAACCAAGGACCAAACAGCGGUGUGGGCGUUCAUAUGCGUCGUUGGACAUGAAGGAAAAUCAAAACGAGAAUUGUUUUCAAAAUUACAUGAAAAGGAAAUAUUGUAGUCAUUGUCAGGCAGAGAAGACACCGCAAUGGCGAGAAGGUCCAUCGGGACCUAAGACGCUGUGCAACGCAUGCGGGGUACGUUAUAAGUCUGGAAGGUUAGUGCCGGAGUAUCGUCCGUCUGCGAGUCCAACUUUUGAUGUUGGAAAGCAUUCGAAUUUUCACAGGCAGAUAUUGAAAUGGAGGAGGCCGAGUACUACUUAUAUGUUAAAUAGCUAG